UUCAUCUCUAUUUGUAUCUAUAUGUUUUUCGCUUGUAUCUACACAUAUUCUCUGCGUUCGGCCACAUUUGGAUUAUGUAUUUCCGAGUUAUGAAUGUAAUGCUGGAUUGUUAUGUUUCAAUUUAAUUGACCCAAUUUGUAGAAAAAGAGCCUUGUUUUGGUUGCCGGAAAGCAUUCAUCUCUGGAAAGGUGUAUUUGCAACAAAACAGGAUUAGACAAGAAAAAACAAGGAACAAUCUUUUUAUGUCUCUGGGGAUGAAGAACAUGUGGAAUUUGAAACACAGUUUAUGUUAUUUUUGUUUUAGAAUUUUUUGUUGGUUAUGGUACUUGUCGGCGAGAAGGAUAUAAAUUUUGGGGUUGUCUGUUUCCAGGGAGAAAAGCUUUGUGUUGAUAGUUUAUUUUUUUUGGCUGAGGUAAUGCUGGAACUUGUACUCCUUUGUCUUUUUUAUUAAAACUUGGGGACCAGUAAUUAUAAUCUCAGAUGAUUUUUUUUUUCAUUCUUGCAGUGGGGGUGUAAAUUUUGUUUACCGUGUGAUUGAGGUGUUUUAACUCGAGUUUAAUUGCUGAGGAUAUCAAAGAGGAAGUUGUGUGAUUAAGUGUGAUGUGGUUGUAGGUUCUGAAAGGAAAAAGAUCUUAUUGUGAUUAUGUUCUGUAUUCUCAAUUAAGAUGCAGUCGCAAAUCUAGUCGAUACUUUACAUAAAGAGUGAAACUUCCCUUUCUUUAACCAUAUGUAGGGAUUAUAAGUUAAGCCGUUUUUGCUUGGAGUCGUUCUCGUGAUUUUUCAUCUGAGACUGGAGUCGGAGAAGAAAAAGAUAGUCUAUGGGGGACGACGCAGGAAGAGGUUUGGAAUGCCAGAAGACUAUGGAUGGGAAGGGGAGUAACAAAAACGGUUCAGAGAAGGCCAUCCCUUCUUGUUGCUUAAAGGCAAGGGCUUCAGACCCUGAGGUUGAUGCAAUAUGUCAUUCCACUGUUGUUUCUGGCUGGUUUUCAGAAUCCCAGUCUCGCACAGAUAAGGCUAGAAAAGGGACUUACUUCAACAAUCCAAUGUGGCCUGGUGAAGCUCAUUCGCUGAAAGUAGAAAAUAUUCUAUACAAGGGGAAAUCAGACUUCCAAGAGGUUUUGGUUUUCGAGUCCUCAACAUAUGGAAAAGUGCUUGUUCUUGAUGGCAUUAUCCAGUUGAGUGAGAAGGAUGAAUGUGCAUACCAGGAGAUGAUAACUCAUCUUCCUCUUUGUUCGAUUCCUGCCCCAAAAAAUGUUCUGGUUGUCGGUGGUGGUGAUGGUGGAGUGUUAAGGGAGAUUUCGCGCCAUUCUUCUGUUGAGCAUAUUGAUAUAUGUGAGAUAGAUCAGAUGGUUAUAGAUGUGUCUAAGAAGUUUUUUCCAGAAUUAGCUGUUGGAUUUGAGGACCCUCGUGUCCAUCUUCAUGUCGGUGAUGCAACUGAAUUUUUAAAGCAUGCACCUCAAGGGAAGUAUGAUGCUGUAAUUGUUGAUUCAUCAGAUCCUGUAGGUCCUGCUGAAGCACUUGUAGAGAAGCCAUUUUUUGAGACAAUAGCUAGAGCAUUAAGGCCUGGCGGUGUUCUCUGUAACAUGGCAGAAAGUAUGUGGCUGCAUACACAUCUUAUUGAAAAUAUGAUCUCUGUAUGCCAUCUAACAUUCAAGGGGUCAGUCAACUAUGCAUGGGCAAGUGUCCCUACAUAUCCAAGCGGUGUUAUAGGUUUUCUGCUAUGCUCAACCGAAGGGCCUCCUGUUGAUUUUAGAACUCCUGUCAAUUCUAUUGAGAAGCUGGAAGGAGCUGUCAAACACAAAAGAGAACUUCGAUAUUAUAACUCUGAGAUGCACUCAGCUGCCUUUGCCUUGCCUGCUUUUUUGAGGAGGGAGGUUAGUGCUCUGCAUGAUUCUUCAAAUUCAGCAAGAAGAAAUGGCUUGUCCUAGUAAUGAAGUAGUGACGACUGGUUCUCUUUAACUAGUUAAUUGUGUAGAUGAAGCUUCUCCUUUUGAGGCAUCGGUGGGUUUUAAGUUUUACUACGAUCUAUGUCUUCAGUCAUUUAUUUCUAUAUGUUUACCCGUCACAUUAUUGGAUCUUAUGAGUGAUUUGCACAGUAAUCAAAUAAUGUAUCUGAUAUUUAUGUAAACAUAUUUUCGCUGGAUUUUGAUUUU